AUGGGUAAACAAUUGAAGGUAGCAAGUGUAGGGAACAGAGGUAGGAGGAUUCUCUCCUCGGCGCUCGUGCUUGCAGGGGUGGCCGUCUUCUUGCUUUGCACUUGGAACGAUUACGCAGAGGAUAUAUUCAGUGGUGAACAGCACGCAGGACAGGAACAUGCGUCUGCUCACAUCGCACAGGUGACUGAGCUGUACAGCGACGCUAGGACUGCUACCACAACACUGUACGCUAGCACCACGGUCUCUGCAAAAACUACGAGCACUAUCACGGCAGCAGCUGUGGUGGACUCGAAGGAGGCGCAGUUGAACUCGCAGAAAGUGGACCAGGAGAUAUCCGCAGUGCGGAAGGAGAUCGACGCACAGACACAGCCUACAGCGAGAGGUGACAGGAGGAAGAAGAAGAAAGUGCUCGCUACAGAGUUGCUCGCAGAUGACGCUCCAUGGGAUCCACUGUCCACCUUCACUGAGGUCAUGAACAUGUCCCCAGUCGUGCUGUUCAUCAAAUCCUCGGAACGGAAUUCCCUCGCAGACCACGUCAGGAAAGUGCUUUCCACGGAGUACGAGAUCUCGCCAGGCGCAGCCGUGGUAGACCUCGAUAAGCACAGGUACGGGGAAGAGUUGCAGAACUAUAUAGAAACGCAGAAACUGCCAGGUGGGUCCUCGCAACAACUGCCAUACUUGUUCGUCAACAGAGUCCCAGUCAUCGGUGCUGGAGAGAUAGACUCCGUCGCCGAGUUCAAGAGACUCCACUCCACGGGCGCACUGCUCGACCGCUUCAAACAGCUCGCAGAGAGGAAAGUCUUGUUCGAGAAAAUCGAACUCCCUUCAAACAAUUGA